AUGGCGAAAGUUUCAACUGAUGUUCCAGCAGAAAUACUACUUGCAAAACGAGUCCAGGAAAUGGUCAUGAAUGAUGAAGAACCAGCAGCACAAUACAAGUGUAGAACAGAUAAAGAUGAUGCUGAAGAUGAUAACGAUGAUCCCAUCUCUUCAUCUCCAAUCCCAAUCAUUGAUCUAAGCUUUUUGUCAUGUUCAGAAGCAGGUGAAGUAGCAACCGAGCAAGAAUUGGUGAAACUAAAAGCAGCUCUUUCUUCAUGGGGAUGCUUUCAGGCUGUAGGUCAUGGUAUUUCAAAUAUUCUCCUGAAUGAAGUACAGAGAGUUGCUAGAGAAUUCUUCGGGCAGCCAAUGGAAGAAAAGCAGAAAUAUGGGAAAACAGUAGUGGAUUUUGAAGGUUAUGGAGCUGAUCCAGUCCCGGAAGAAGGACAAUCCCUGGAUUGGUCCGACCGUCUUUUUCUCAGCGUAAAACCUGAAGAUCAAAGAAACUACAAGCUUUGGCCGACAGAUCCUGAGUCUUUCAGAGCUAUCUUGGAGGAAUAUACAAAGGAAAUUGAAAAGGUAACAGGGAUGGUCUCUAGGGCCAUGGCCAAAUCUCUGGAUCUGGAUGAGAAUUGCUUCCUGAGACAGUUUGGAGAAAGAUCACAAUUGCAGGCAAGAUUUAACUACUACUUACCAUGCAAAAGGCCAGAUCUGGUUCUUGGAUUAAAACCCCAUGCAGAUGGAACAGGAUAUACCAUAAUCAUGCAAGAUGAAGUUGGCCUUCAAAUUCGCAAGGAUGACAAAUGGUUCAAAGUUCCUAAAAAUCCAGGCGCCAUCCUUGUUCUUAUGGGUGACCAGAUGCAGAUAAUGAGCAAUGGGAUAUUCAAGAGUCCUGUACACAGGGUACUGAGCAACGCAAAAAGGGACAGGAUUUCGGUGGCUAUGUUCUAUACUCCUGAGGUAGGGAAAGAGAUUGGACCAGAAGAUGGCUUAAUAACUGAGGAAUCCCCAGCGUUGUACAGGAAGGUAAAGGAUUAUGCAGAUGUUCACAUUGGUUAUUACAAUAAGGGGCUCAGAUCAAUCCACACAGCACAAGUUUAA